AUGAUGUCAGCUUUCAAUAACACCAGUUCCCAGCCACUGAUUUUUUUGUUGACUGGAAUUCCUGGCCUCGGGGCAUCUCAAAUAUGGAUCUCCAUUCCCAUCUGCCUCCUGUAUGUCAUUGCCCUCUCUGGGAACAGCAUGAUUCUAUUUGUUGUGAUACGUGAACAGAGUCUGCAUGAACCCAUGUACUAUUUCCUCUCCAUGCUCUCAGCCACUGAUCUGGGCCUGACAAUCUGCACUCUCUCUACCACACUGGGAGUUUUCUGGUUCAAUAACAGAGAGAUCAACCUUGAUGCCUGCAUCAUCCAAAUGUUUUUCCUACAUGGACUAACAUUCAUGGAGUCUGGUGUGCUACUAGCAAUGGCCUUUGACCGCUUUGUGGCAAUCUGUGCCCCACUUCAUUAUGCUACCAUUCUAACAAACACCAAGAUUGCUCAAAUUGGCGUGGCCAUGGUUGUAAGAGAUGUUGCAAUCAUGACUCCAGUGGUUCUGCUUCUCAAGAGGCUGUCAUUCUGUAAGUCAAAGGUUCUUUCUCACUCUUAUUGCUACCAUGUAGAUGUGAUCAAGCUUUCAUGCAAUGACAACAGGGUUAACAGCAUCAUGGGACUUUUUGCCCUCUUUUCAACAACAGGCAUUGACUGCCCCUGUAUUCUUAUAUCUUAUGUCAUGAUCAUCCGUUCUGUGCUCAAUAUUGCAUCCCCUGAGGAGAGACACAAGGCUUUUAAUACAUGUGUCUCUCAUAUUAGUGCAGUUGCUAUUUUCUAUAUUCCCCUUGUUAGCUUGUCUCUUGUGCACAGAUAUGGUAGGAAGGCACCCCCUUUCAUCCACACCAUGAUGGCCAAUGUCUUCCUCCUUAUCCCACCUGUUCUUAACCCCAUCAUCUACAGUGUGAAGACCAAACAGAUACGCAGGGCUAUAAUUAAGCAUUUUAUUAGGAUGGGGGACCAGGUGUGA